AUGGCGCAGGGUUUUGCGGUGGGCUUCGACCCACUGGGCCUCAGACAACUCAGCUCGGGCUCUCUGAGCUCCCUCUCCUCCCGCGGCCACCUGGGCAGCGACUCGGGCUCCGCAAUGCGAUACCUGCUGAAGAAGCAGCAGCGGCUGCUGAACGGCCCCCCCCGCGGAAUCCGAGCCUCCUCACCCAUGGGCCGCGUCAUCCUCAUCAACUCCCCCAUCGAAGCCAACAGUGAUGAAAGCGACAUCAUCCAUGCUGUCCGGGUGGAGAAGAGCCCAGCCGGAAGACUGGGUUUCAGUGUGCGGGGUGGCUCUGAGCAUGGCCUGGGCAUCUUCGUCAGCAAGGUGGAGGAGGGGAGCAGUGCAGAGCGGGCUGGCCUGUGCGUGGGGGACAAGAUCACGGAGGCGAAUGGGCUGAGCCUGGAGAGCACCACCAUGGGCAGUGCCGUGAAAGUGCUGACGGGCAGCAGCCGCCUGCACAUGAUGGUGAGGCGCAUGGGCCGCGUGCCGGGCAUCAAAUUCUCCAAGGAGAAGACCACGUGGGUGGAUGUGGUGAAUCGGCGGCUGGUAGUGGAGAAGUGUAGCUCGACGCCGUCCGACAGCGGCUCGGAGGACGGGGUGCGGCGCAUCGUCCACCUGUACACCACGUCAGAUGACUUCUGUCUGGGCUUCAACAUCCGCGGGGGCAAGGAGUUUGGCCUGGGCAUCUAUGUGUCCAAAGUGGAUCAUGGUGGGCUGGCUGAAGAGAAUGGCAUCAAGGUGGGGGACCAGGUCCUGGCGGCCAACGGUGUCAGGUUCGACGACAUCAGCCACAGCCAGGCCGUGGAGGUGCUGAAGGGCCAAACGCACAUCAUGUUGACUAUCAAGGAGACUGGCCGGUACCCUGCCUACAAAGAGAUGGUUUCUGAGUACUGCUGGCUGGACCGAUUGAGCAACGGGGCACUGCGGCAGCUGUCCCCCGCCUCGGAGAGCAGCUCCAGCGGCUCCUCCUAUGCCUCCAGCGCCCCCUGCAGCUCGGCCGAGGGCUCCCUGCCCUCCCAGCGCCUGGACGUCGGCCUGGGGCCUGAGGAGCCGUGCAGUCAGGGCCCAGGCUGGGGGCGGGCAGACACAGCCAUGCAGACGGAGCCGGACGUGGGCGGCCGCGUGGAGACCUGGUGCAGCGUGAGGCCCACCGUCAUCCUCAGGGACACAGCCAUCCGCUCCGACGGCCCCCGGCCUGCCCGCCGCCUGGAUUCUGUGCUCUCCGAGUCCCCUAAGACUGCUCUGCUGCUGGCCCUGAGCCGACCCCGGCCCCCCAUCACGAGGUCCCAGAGCCAUCUGACCUUGUGGGCCCCCCGGGUGCUCCCUCAUGUCUGCAGAGGAGAAGAAGCAGCGGAAGAAGGAGAAGUUGGGGUCCUCCGGGGAAAAGGGGGCCCUGCAGCGCUCCAAGACACUGAUGAACCUCUUCUUCAAGGGAGGGCGGCAGGGGUGGCUGGCAGGGCACGGGCACAGAGAGGCCUGGACGCUGGACGGAGGGAGCCCAGCCAAGCCCUGCCCUCGCCUAGACGUGGAGAAAGCAGGGGCAGUGGGGCCUGUGCAGAAGUUUGUCACCUGGAGACUGAGACGCGAGCGGGAGAGGGGCCCGACCCUGCUCUCUGCUAGGUCCAGGAGCCCCUCCAGACAGCUGCCC